AUGGCGAAAAUAAACAGCGGAUGGAAGCACGGCCCAUCUCCGUCAGAAAUUGCCGCUACGAUUGCAGCUGCCAAGCAAGCAUCAGCCCAGGUUUUGAUCGCCCAGCAGCAGGUUCAGGCCGCCAAAGAUAACGUGCUGAAUCAGCAGAAGGUCGCCAACGAAAAGGAAGCAUCCGCUGCCUACGCAUCGCAAAAGAGCGAGGCUACUGCAGCUGUUCAACGUUCGGAAGCUGCGGCAGCAGCCCAAGCUGUCGUUCUAGCUCAACACCGAUUGGCCGCCGCAAAGGCCAAUGUGGCUCAUCAUCAACGUAUUGCAGCAGCCAAGGAAUCGUUGGCCGCUCAAGCGAUUCAGAGUUCGGCGAAGGCAGCGGCUGCUGAAAUUCACCGUGCUGAAAUUGAAGCUGCCAAAUUAGCCGCCCAUCAUCGUUCGGAUGCUGCUUCACUCAACCAUCACGUCAUAGCCAUCAAGGAUGAGUCUUUCGCUCCCCUUACUUUCGGAGGUAAUCAGAUUCCCACGACACAGCUGUAUCGUGCAUUGGCCAGUCCUUGGAAUGAUCUUUCCUCCGUUUCGGCACAAAACCCGUGGGCUAAUGGAUUCUCCGUAGGUGGUCAGGGAAAACCUGUCUGGGGUUAAACCAUAUGACGAAGGAAGGAUUAUGAAAUAAAUGUUACACUUGAUACUCUCU